AGGGCACCAUGUGGAAGAGGAUCACGUUUUCGGGGCGAAACCCCUGAGAUUUGGGGGCUCUGCAUGGCCGGGGGGCCCCGCCGGGCUCCGGCGGCUCCGGCGGUGCCGGGAUGGCGUUCGCCGACCUCCUGGAGCGCGUGGGGGGCAUGGGGCGCUUCCAGGUGCUGUCGGUGGUGCUCCUGUCCCUGCCGCUGUUCAUGAUGGCCAGCCACAACCUCCUCCAGAACUUCACCGCCGCCACCAGCGACCACCGGUGCCGCCUGCGCCGGGAGGAGCCCAACGGCACCGGCCCGGCCCCCGAGGCCUUGCUGAGGGUCUGGGUGCCCCCCGGCGAGCGGUGCCGGCGCUUCGUGGAGCCCCAGUGGUGGCUCCUGGAGGCCCCCAACGCCUCGGCCCCCAACGGCACGUGGCCGGAGACGGAGCCGUGCCGCGACGGUUGGAUCUACGACCGCAGCGUCUUCACCAGCACCAUCGUCACCGAGUGGGACCUGGUGUGUGGCUCGCGGGGGCUGCGGCAGUUGGCGCA